AAAAUGCGCUAACGCACGUCAGAAAGCACAUUAAAGACACUGUUGGUCCUAUUGAAGACAAUUAAAAUGUUCACACUUAGCUUAAUUUGUUUGCAGAAAGUAACUUCCAUAAAGGCAAUUACUAACUGUACACGUGGAAAACAGACGUUGUUUCAGUUCGGUAGAUGUUUCAAAGUUUGACACGCACAUGCAAACUACCGAAGUUGUAAAGCCUUACUGUUUGUAAAGUUUGCCUUUGUUCAUUUUAAUAUCUUGAAGUUCAAUCGAAUCAGCAAUUAAUACAAAUAAUUAAAGUUAUUAUAUAAAAGUUCUUUAAAUCAGCAAUUCCUCCAAAUACUUCAAUUGAAUUUGAAAUGAUGCAUUAAGAGGCAGAGCAUUUUAUUUAACAAGUAUAAUACAUUCAGUAUUGAAAUACAGAAAUGUAAUAGUUAUUGUCUUAUCAUAAGAUUAUUUAUUUUUUUAACAAUUAUUAAAUUAAAAUGCUCCCAUCCGCGAGACGACAACGCUUUCACUAUGUACAGAAGCAGUUAUAGAUUAUACCAUAACCGGUGUUACUUGUUUAUUAUUGCUGACCUGAACACAGUGUUUUUUUUUCCGCCUGUUUGGGAACAGGUCCUGUCCCCUAGAAAUUGGGAAUUUUUGAGUCCCGAAAUCCUUCAUAUUGGGAAUUUUCGCGUCGUGAAAUCCAUCAAAUUGGGAAAUAUCAAACAUCAUACAAAUACAUCAACUGGAAUCUAUUUUAUGUAGUAAACAAUGCUUUUAUACACUAUCAAUGGUAUUCUGGGAUAGGGUAUAUCAUAAGUCUGUAUAACAAAUACCAGUUUAUUUAAAAAAAAAAAUAAGAACUGGUUUUCCAGAUAGAAUUAAUGGGUUUUGCCGCAAUAUAACUGAAAAUUGUUUAAAAUGGCAUAAAGCCCAAUUGAACAAUUACUUUGUGUGGCAAUUUGAGAUAACUUGUCUAAAUUAAAAGGACCAGCAGAUGACCAUUGUUAUAAUGGAAAACAGAAAUUUAGGUGGCUAAAUUUAUGCUUGGCUGAUUUCGUUUUGUUCACUUUCUUCAAGUAGUAUUUUGAAUUUUGACUCAUUUUCUGGCUAUUUAUAUAAAAACCACGAUGAGUGUGCAAAAUUGUCGGAAGUAGUUGACUUUAAUUUCCCUGCGAGUAUUUGAAGAGUAAAACAAGAUUUCGGAUUUCCAUAUUUGGGUUUGUUUACUACUUAAAGACGUCGCUAUGUAUAAAACCAAAACCCGGGAAAAAAUAUUUUGUCAAAGACGGCAUUUCGAAAUAUCUAUCAUUCUUUUCGGAUAAGGGUUUUAUUUUGUUUAUUGAAUCUGUAUUUAACGAGAACGUUCAAUAAACAACUGUCACGAACAUGUGAAACAUUGUUAUCGAAGCGUACAAAACAAGGUCAAUUUUACUACUAUUGCCUUAUUUGGUUGACUGUUUCCCUGCCAGCAUUCAAUAAUGCCGCAUUAUGUAUGCCGGCCAGGGAACAGUCAACUUGGUAACUAGAUGGCUCCACCUAUCGGAAGUUGUGUCGGCCUCAUUCUAAAAGAACAACAACUACAACAACAACCGUUUCCUUUUCAUACUUGUUUACUAACUUCUGAAGUUGUUUUGUGACAAAAAAGAUAGUCUAUUUGGGAUUUUUGAAUCGAUACGAGGCCGGUUUUAUAUAAACUAUUUGGGAUAAGACUGUUUUCUAAAUUGGGAAGGGUCCGUCAGCGAGUUGGGACCAGGUCCGGUCCCGAUUGGGAACAGGGCCGUUUACCGGACCCGUUCAACGAAGGAAAAAAACGCUGGAACAAUGUAAACAAACGAGUCCUGCCGAGCGGAUAAAUUGCAUUUGAUUUAAAAUUAAUGUAAAUACUUUGUUGUUAUUGAUAUAACAUACGUGUGCAACAGUUUAACUAUGAAAAAGGGCAUAUAAUAUGUGAAAACGGGAGGUCCGUACCUGUAGCAAAACCCUAGUGGUUUUGGCUAGAAGUACGGAUCCAUACCCCUAGAACGAGAUUCUAGAGGUACAGAUGCGUACCUGUAGUCACUUCCUAAACAGUUCUACAUGUAGAUAUAAACCUAUAUUUUUUUUCUCAAUAGAUUCAAAACAAUUAUGAAUAACAACAGAACUGGAAAUACCCGCGGGCGCGGGAGACCAAAGAAACGACAGUUUCAACAGAAAAAGGAAGGAAGACCAGAUGAUGUUGUUAAAAUGGAUAAGUAUAUGGUUGCUCAGUCUACCACACAGGAAAGUAUAGAAAUAUCCAAUGCUAAUACAAAUGUAAAUAAAACAACACAAAUUUUAACUUUACAAAAUUUGCUUACUCUUGGCCCAAUUAAUGUUUUGUCCGUCACAACUGAGUUUGGUCUACAGGAUUCUGUUCUUGGACCCUGGGAGUAUAAAAAUGAUCGUAACUGCAUCGUAAAGUAUACCAUUCAAGGCUCAGACAUCAGUCAUUCAAUUCGCCUUGAUAACAUGUUAACAAGAGGAAUACCAACUACUGAAAGAUCAUCCCUCGCUUUCCGUUGGUAUUCAUGGAUUCGUUUGAAGGCCAUUGCAAAUCAAAAAAAAUUCCCAAUAAACUCAGUGCUGACGAAUGAGGGUCAAUUUCUUUCACUUCUACACGAAGUAAAUCUUUAUUACACUAAAUAUUCAAAAGCUUGUAGAGAUGAAGGCUUAGAGCCAAAUCGUGGACCACAAUCCCAUGAAGAUGCUUGCAAUUUAGAGCGCCUUCAUUAUUAUGGAAAGGGCACAAUAAAGUACUACAGAAAAACAACUUUCUUGCAGCUAGUUGCAAAAAGAUAUGGAGAAAAUGUAAAGGCUGAAUAUUUGGUAGACCCAACUACACGACUCAUAAGUUGCACAGACUAUGAGGAAAUAUUAAAGGACGUUCAUUCAGAAAUUAUCCACAAUUAUUCAAGACACGAGAAGUUGUUAGAGAACUUUGCUGGGCCUCAAUGUAAUGAGGAUCGUCUUAAUAAUGAAAGGGUCAACUUUGAUGUCAAAUUUACAUCUGCCUCUUCUAAGGCAAAACAGGAACUUAAGAUAGACUCGGACUUGCCUUUACAAAAAGUAUUAGACCAAACAGAAGCAGACACGAGCGAAUUUUACCUUAGAAAAUGCAAUCUUUGCAGCAAAGUCCGAUGGUUAGGAAAGAGAGCAGCUGAAAAGUUUGUCUUGGGCUCAUAUGUAUAUGGUAACCUUCAUAAACAAGUACAAUUCUCCUGCAAUCUGCUUCAUGGCAUUUCAUGUGAUGAGGAAAAUGACAUUAUUCCUCUUCCAUGUUCUGAACAAAGUCCACAACUAUGGGUAGCAUACAACAGUCUGCACGAGUCAAAACUUCCACCAGUUGCUUUUGUGUUGAAAACAAUAAGCGAAGUUAGUGCAGGUGUUGAACAUGUUCAGAUAAUGGCAAAAUAUGCAUGCACGAGUCAAGAAUUUGACAUAAUCAAAGGCAAGGCAGUAUACACUCAGUCUCUGCCUUCGGCAUGUGUGAAGUUUGUUCAAUCUUUGACUACUGGUCGAUUUAAGUCUUGUAAAGAAAUACCUACUUUGAAAAAAGGAAAGCUUAAUAUAAUGAAACCACGCGAAGCUCUUGUUUGUCAAUCAUGGUUAGAUCAUAGCGAGCUGUCAUCUGAAGACCCAUCUGCUCAGCACACUGUCUUAAAUCUAAGUGGAAUUCGUGAUCUCCAUGCAACAUAUGGUGCCAUGAAGAUGAUCCAUUGCUCUCAAUGUGGAAUGUGUUCACCUGGCUUUGAAGCAGAUGCAGCUAAUUGUAUAAACGUCCCUGAAGCUGGCCAACAGAUUCCACUGUCAAACUCUUUUCUUCUGCAAGCUUUAAAGCAGUCUAAGGUCUUAGCAGGGUCUAGUGUCACUCUCGACUCAGCAUUUUCAAGUGCUAGAGUUUAUAAUGAUGAAACAGUAACAGGGGUAUGUACAAAUUGUUCAAAAUUUUGCAAAAUAGAUGAUGGAAUUGUAUCAUUGCUGCACAAAAAGUCUGCUGCUGAAGAGAGUUCUCAGGGAACCACUGUUGAUAGUCAGCAAUCUCUUGAUGACAAUAUUUCAAAUAUAAACCCUUAUGGUCCUGAAAAUCUGAUGGCACUUGAUGUUUUUCAAGAUGAGGCCUCAUAUCAGCAUGCAAUUUUCAUGGACACUUUAUCUCAGGCUGAAAAACUUGUUCUAUCACCAAUCCAUGCUGUAAUUGUUAUAUUGCGUUCUCGCACAAAUAAUAUUCCAUUCUCCAGAUAUGGAUCAAUAUCUUUUGCGAUUAAAGAACCUGUCAAAACUAAAGCUCUUCCUUGGCACACUUUUCAAAAGUUGCCAUUUGUUAUCAUGGUCUCUAAGCAAGAAGAUGGGAGCAUUAAUGAAGCUAAAAUUAAUAUGGCAAAGAUUGUUCAUGCAAAAGAGCUUAUGGAGCGUGAAGUGACUUGUCCUGUAUAUGGUACCAAAAGACCAUUUUACAGGUACUGUGAUAAGGUUCAUACACCUUUUACAGUAGCUGCCAUGGAGAAUCUAGCAAGUCAGCUAUCAGAUACAAGCACAGCUGUUUACCCAAAUGGUUUGAGAAAAAUCAAUGUUGAGCUGAUCCAUGAGCGUGCUUCUAAAAGAUUAACUAUUCAGCUGUUCUCUGAAUGGAUAAACUCUGGUUUUAUUAUCGGAAGUGGCAUAAAAGAUGCGAUUCUAAUUGAAAAUCAAAAAGCCACAUCCAUCUGCCUUAACAUGGAACAAAUUGCAAAUCUAAUAUGGAACGAUCUAGCAAAGUUCAUACUAGAGAGUCAAACUAAUGACAAACUUAACCAUGAUGAAAAUCCAAAUGAAACCAUAAAAAUAACACUCACUGAUGUUGUCUUGUACGGUGUUAAGAGGAAAUGGCUCAAUCCUAGCACAAAUGUUUCAAAUGCAUCACAAAAAAACAUUGAACAGGUAUUAUUACCUGAAGAUGAAUUGAAAAACCUAACCUACCUAUGUUGUGAAGAAGUAGAACUUCUCCUAAGGGAGAGCAGCAAUGAUGAAGGAGAUUCAGGUAGUGUUGCACAUGGUGGAGUUUCUAUCUUGUCUGAAAACCCAGAGCAAAUUCUCAAGAAUGGAAUGCAAAACACUGUGUUACAAAGGAUCUCCGCACCAGAUGUGGACCGCCAGAACCCUGUUGCUGAGGAUACACAAGGAUACCUACAAAUGGCUUUCCCGGAUGUCUUCCUCACUGGUGAUGCAUGUCCACACCAAGAACGUCCCCGUAGCAUUAAAAAUAAAUCAGGCAGCUACAAAUUUGCUUACCUGUAUUGGGUAUGCGCACAAAAACGAGCGAUGGUCAAUACUGAGCUUCAAUUUCUAGUUCAUAGCAUGAUUAAACGAGAACAUAGCAAGGGAAAGGCCAAGCUCGCUCUGAAAAGUGAUGCCUUUGAAACAACUGGAAUACCUGUAAAAGAGGAUUUAAUGCAAAAUGCAGAGCUUCGUGACUGGACCGUAUCAAACCUAAUGAUGUUCAAGUCAUCAAUACCGGAUACAGCUCCAUUCUGGAAAAGGUCAAGGGAUGAUGCAAUAGCUGUUCAACGGGAUUGGGAAGAAAGUGUUCCUUGGCGAAAAGACAAAAUGCCAAUGUCAAUUAUGCUGUUCCAGACUCGUGCUCCACCGUAUAACCAUCACCCGGCAAUUCACAACGUCUGUCCAGGUACAGAGACCCUCUCCAUCCAGAGUGACCAAGAAUUUUUGGAAGGUCGGCGAAGAAACGUACUCCAGUAUCCAAGCAUCGUAUCGUUUAUGUGCGCAUUGAUGGCAGAACUGGACACAACGUUUUUAUCUAGAAUUAGAUAUGAUGGUGAUGCCUAUUUUACACGGUUUGAAUGGGGUGCAAAUGCCAAUCCACAUGCUCAUAGGCUGUAUUUUAGUCGUGAAUUCAGUCAGCACAUGGACAGCUUGAAACAAAAUAUACAAAACUGCCUUCAGAGUGCCAAAGACGAAUGCUUUAAUACUGGCCAGGAUCUCGACAAUCCUCUUGUUCAAGACACUAUCCGUACUAGGGUACUAGACUGUUGGGAUCAUGCUAGGAAGGAUUACAUUGAAUAUAUGCGACCAUUCUACACCAACUGGAAUGCAGGUUUACUUGCAGAUGGUAAAAAUAAGACAUUUGAUUUCAUCUAUGAAAGGACCUCCGCCAUCUGCAGACUUAACAUGGCAAGUGUGAUAGACAAUGCCCUCACAACCGGUGAUUUUUCAACAUUGGACACAAUAUAUGUGACUGUUGUCAAUGGAACAUGUCGCCACUUAGGUCAUACAGGAAUAAACGAUCAGCCUUCAAAGACAGAUAAAUGUGCAGUGGUUAAGAAAAAGCAAUCAACAUGCAAGGAAACAGGGAAUAAACAGUCCACAGAGGUUAUUACCUGUAAAAGGCGAAAACCGCAACCAAUGAAUAAAGUACCCACCAUUGAGCCUGACAAACACAAUAAGAAAAUUUUUCAACUUCAGUUUGAAUGUAACGACAAAUGGUUUAAUGGUCAUGAUCCUUUUGAGAUUCUGCAUGUUCUUAGCAAUGCUGAUGACAAAGCUGUUGUGCCAGAGUUUCUCAGAAAACCUCCAGUAAUAGAGGUCAGUUGUUGCCAAAAUAAAGACAAUAGGGUGCAGGACUUAAAUCUUGAGUUCUUUUCAGAUACUGGUGACUCUGCUACAGAGUAUGUAACUAAAUAUGCCUUUAAAGAUGCAAUUCCCACUAAAACAUCUAACGAAGUGCUCAUAACUGCAAUGGAGAAGUUGCAAGAUGGUGAAUCAAUAAAUCAAGGUGCUGUUCAAAAAAUGUACAAUAGCCAUGCCAUUGCUGGAACAACAUCUAUCUUUCAGGCAACUCACCUCAAUCAAAAUAUCCCACAUGUUCUUUCAAAUGUUAACAUCAAAAGUUGCAGUGUAUCUGGUUUGUCUCUGCUGAGAACUGACUAUGAUAAAAAAGAUGGCGAAGAUUACAUUCUCCCACCUCUCAUUAAACAAUUUGAUGGGCGACAUGGCACAACAGCUGUUUUCAUCGAAUGUGGCAAAGAGUCGCCAAAACUGAAGGCAGAGAUACAAUGCAACAUGUGUCUACAUCAGUUUUGUGACUUGUUUGAUGUUAAAGAAAUUAAACCCAAUGAUGGGGGGGAAAGAUUCUUACAAUUUAAAAGAAGAAGUACUGCAAGAAAUGGCAGAUUAAAUGCAUUAAAGCUGAUACCUUGCCAUGGUAUAAGAAUGGCAAAUCCCCGUGGAAAACAAUAUUGGCACUAUUGUAGAACACUCUGCCUUUGGAAGAUUCCUUGCCACAAAACUACUGACUUCUCACCAAUUGCUGAAGAUGCAGAAUCUUUAAAGAAAGCUUGGAUUGAUCUAUUCAAUCAAACAUUUCUUGAUGGUAAUGGACUUCCACCAUGGGCAUACAAAUUUUGGAAACAUCACCAUCUUCCUCGAAACAACAACUCUGAUUCAGAUUCAUCCUCAGACGAAGAUGUCGAAGAAAACCAGCAAGCUUGUGCAGUAGAUGCAACUGAUGACACUAAUCUUAGCAAAAUUAAAAGCAGUGAAUACGAUUCCGCUUCAAAACCGAUAGCAUGCCCCGGAAAUGAACAGUUUUAUCAAAACCCCGUUGAUCGCUUGCGGUCUGCCCCGCAGCAGGGCAUAGAUUCCAAGCCAUGUUUCAGUGAUUCUGACGUUUUAGCCAAUCCUGAAGGUGUUGAUUUUAUGAAGAGCUGGCUAGGAGAAAAUGUUAUACCUUCUACGGCUGAAAUACACGCUCAUAUUUCAAAUCUCACAAACACACAAGGAGUUUUGUCAAGUAAUUCAUUUGAAGCAUCUUCAUUAAAUGAUAAACAAAAGAUGGCUCAUGACAUUGUUGUUGAUUAUGUUAAAAUUAGAUUAAAUUGGGAAAAAAAUAAACAAGCACCUCCCCCAAACCCCUUGCGUCUCAUUCUAAUGGGCAAUCCAGGUACUGGAAAAAGCUGGACACUAAAAUGCAUUAUAAGCAGUGUAAUAAGCCUCUUACAAUCUAACCCUGAUUCAGAUGCACAGGUAAGCACUUGGACAGACAGAAUCAAACUUGCAGCUCCCACAGGAGCUGCAUCAAGUCAGAUGUACUUCAAGUCAGAGACUUUGCAUAGACUUUUUUGUAUACCUGUCCAUCUAAAUGAAAAAGAUUUGCGUCUGGAAGAAACAUCUGCCACAUAUUCCAGACUUAUGCUCAAUUUUGACCCCAAAAAAUUCUUUCUCCUCAUUGUUGAUGAGUUUUCCAUGUUGUCACGAGAGAUGUUUGCCUUUGUAACUGAACGACUGAUUCAGUGCAACAUUGAUCUCGACAAUAUUGGCAUUGUUCUUAUUGGGGACCCAGCACAGAUUCUUCCGAUUGCAGCUGAACCUCUCUGGAGCGCUCGUUCGUACACGCAUGAAAACAAAAAAUGCAGUUCCCUUUCUAUUAAUGGUUUGAUAAGGUUUAGACAGGUCUUCAAAUUUCCACCGUUACAAACAAUACCAAACUAUGACAAAUGGCAAUCCUUAACAUCGCCUAAAGAUCGUCUUUUAUCAGAUGAUAUUACUGCUUGUCGGAAAGAUCUGAUGCUGGGCCAAUUUGAUGCUGUGUUUUUGACUGAAGUCAAAAGAACAGAUGUUGAUCCCAUUAGUCAAUGUUUCACUGGAAAAGUGCUUGUCAAUAUGAGGUAUGGUAAAAAAUGCAGGGAAAAAGAAAUGCUAUUCCUUAGGAAAAACUGUGCAACAGAACGUGAUAUGAAGAUGGACGGGAAGUGGAACAGUGCACAUAUCAUCCAUGGGUAUCAUUUUCAUUCAAAAAACCAUGAAAAUAGGUCAACUGUUGAGUCUGAAAACGCAAAAGCUCUUCUCAGACAUCACAAAAUAACAGGAAAUCCGAUAAUGCGAAUCGACUCAAUACAUCGUCCAGCAGCAAAAGAAAACAAGCUGAGAGCAAUGUCUGCAAAAGAAUUUGAAGGUGCCCCACCCAGCUGGCACGCAUGCAGGGGAAUGAGAGUCAUGCUCUUACGUAACAUUGCUCCAAGUAUAGGUCUCUACAAUGGAUCAUUACAUACUUUGGUGGGACCAAUAUAUAACAGGGACAGCAUUGUUGCUUCUUUAACUAGUGCAGAUUUGAAAACAGGAGAAUUACAGGACUGCAUUACUACAAAACCAAUCGAUACAUGUGGAAAAGUACAGCAGAUUCCCCCAAAGAGUGUAUUGCUUUCUGUUGAUGAUGUUCCUUAUUGUAAGGAUACUGUUGAUGAGUUUCCUUCAGGCGUACACAUGACCUGUAAGUUUCAGGGUCCUAGUAACCCACCAGAAAUGCCUGAUUUUAUGGUAAUAGAAGCUUCCAAUUACUCGGGCCCAAAUAUUUUAAGAUUACCAGGAUGCGAAAAUUAUGUCCCAAUUCCUCCUGUUGAAAGUUACAAACAAAAAGCUGGGAAGACAAAGUCAAACAUACCCAUGAUUAGAAUCGCCUUGCCACUCGAAGGAGGAGAUGCAGCAACAAGUUUUAAAGGACAAGGAGCUAAUUUCCCAUUGGCUGAAGUUGAUCUGGAUGGCUGGUUUCAUGUGCCUGGCAUAUUCCUGGUUGCCAUUUCUAGGGUUAGAAGUCCCGCCCAUCUUCAUAUACGUACUUUUCCAAAUUACAUGGACCUUAAAGUACAAAGGCUUAAGGAAAAUGUUCUUGAUGCACAAGCAUUUGAAGAAGCCGUAAAAGUUAAGUCUGAACGCAUGUACCGACAUAAAAACUGUGGCGACCCAUUUUGGACUACUCAUUAUAAUGAUUUGGCAGACAGUAUCAUAGAUCAAGCUUUUGCAAAAAGGUUAAGUAUCAAAAAGAACAAAGAGGAAUUGAUUCGCAUCGUGCAACUUAUGUUUAUAGACACCGAUACAAAUGUUAUUAUGAGAGUGCUUGAAAAGUUGAUCGAAACCCAAGAAUAUCUGGUAGCUGAAGCAGCACCACACAUAACCCACUCUGACCCAUCAACAAUAGCCAAGAGAGGUGUCGCCGAGCAGGGCAUAGAUGACAGGUCCCUCGACAUGCGUCAUCGGCUUCUUGUCUAUUCGCCCUGCUCUGGCUGCAUCUGUUGA